AUGGAAAUGACUGGGCCCUAUGUUGUGCUUGAUGCGGUACCUGGUGCUGAUUCCUUUGGCGACCAAACCGCGGCUGUCCUUUGGAGGUAUCUGGCGGAAGGCGAUGCCCUCGUAAAGGUGGUGCAUUGUGCCAAACACUACGGUGCCGCAUUGCUUCAGAGCGGUCGCUUGGUGUUGUUGGCUCCUGAGUCUCUCAAGCAUCAGCUGCAUGGAACUAUUAUUGAAAGUGGCAGUGGUAUUGUGCGUGACGUGGAUGCAGGCGAUACGCAUAUUGUUUUUUGCACUGACGACGGAACUGUCUUCUCUUUUGGAUACAGCAACAAAUACGGGCAGCUGGGUGAUGGCACGGUGUGGAUGAGUCUACCCUCGGAAGCGAAAAAACUCAGUAAUAACGGGGAGGAAGAGGAAGGGGAAGGGGAGGAAGAUGAUGGACUUCCGAGAUUGUCAGUGCCACAUAUGAUCAACGGGUUUGGUUUGGGAAAGGAUGGAAGUGAUGAGGGAGAUAUUGUGGAAGGAAAACGUCAAUGCGUGCCUGUGAUUGCAGUGGCUUGCGGUGCCCAUCACACUUUGCUAUUGACGAAUCAACGAAAUUGUGUUUACGGUUGUGGUCUCGGAGCAGAAGGACAACUCGGAGGGAAGCGACGUCCGUUGUUGCAGCCAUCGUUCAAGUCUAUUCGAUUACUCUUUGGUCUGCCUAUCAAGCAGGUCUCGGCAGCGGGAAGGCAUUCCUUUGUUUUGCUGCAAACGGGAAAACUGCUGGCUUUUGGUGACAAUACCUGUGGGCAACUUGGCCUCGGAUCUACGCAAGCAGUGGGUACGCCAACGACUGUUGUAUUUCGCACUCCAGUAGAUAAUGAAGGGAAGGAAGACAAUGACGAGAGAUUUCGGGCAUUAGAUUCUUAUGCACUUAAGGGCUUAAGAGCUUCGUGGGGCACUGCGGAGAGUAUGUAUUUCCCGCUGCGCGUUGAGCGUAUUAGCCCUGAAUUAGAUUCCAAUGAACCUUUUAUUGUGUCGGUGUGGAGCUGUGCCUCCAGAAGUGUGGUGCUAACAGAUGCAAUGGAGUGGUUGACGUGUGGGCUCCCGCUCUCACGAAAUCCUUGUGACUUUAAUAAAAGACCAUGUCAGAGAAUGGAUCGGUACGGACCGCUGGGCCGCUGGAUUGAAUGCGAAAAGGAUGCUGCCGUCUUUGGUAAGAUGCGUUGGUCAGAGAGGUUGGCAGCUUCGUUGGAUAGUGCUUUUUCAUCAUUCUCCGAGGGAAGAGAAGGUAUGAGUGCGUCGCUUGACGAUAUUAUUGGUGCAAUUCGGGUCGUUUGCAGCAAUCGAACUGUUGCAGUGCUUAUUCCUGGUGGUGGCGAAGAGAAAAAGGCACUUUUGUUUGUUCAGGGCGAAGUUUGCGCAUCCACUUUAGUAGACCAGGGUCAGCGUUCAUUGUUAGUGCCAACCCUUCGUGCAGACAAACUUUUGCAGGACCACGAGGUCGAUGACGACUCAUGUGAGCAUUACGUUGGGCACUCGCAUGCUCUAUUUGCCUCUGGGCUGGGGUGCAUUGUUGUGAUGUGA